CUGAGAAGGAAACAAGGCCCACAGCCGCUAAUUUGUUAGUUAGGUAGUUACAUUGCUUGGAAUUUGCCAGGUCCCAGUACCCAAGUGUACAUUGCCAGUCCUCAAACUGCAUUUAGCAGGACACUAAUGUACUCACAUCCUGUAAUUAGUAGAGAGCAGCAUUCAGCAAGGAGAGGAGGGAUCCGAAGAGGAGGAAAGGUAGGGAGGAGGUAGAAGAAGAGCGCCUUCUUGCAACCCACCCUUCUCCUUCAUCAGACCAUCUGGCGCCUGGAGCUGCGGAGGGCGGCCAUGUCCCUGAUGCUCAGAGUCACAGGGGCCACAAGAUCUCCUCCCUCAGAGAGGAGGCCGAGCUGCUGAGAUGUUCUUCUCCUUGAGCUGGUAGCAAGAAUCGGUGGUUGGUCGAGCGCUCCUCCUCUCCGCAUUUUGGGCAUUCCUGUGCUCCGGGUGGAAGGAGGAGGAGGAUGCCGGCCAAGUACUUGCAGGCGUUGGGGGAGGAGAGGCGGCCGGAGCUUAACCACCGGCAGGUUGGCUGCGUCACGGGGAUCCUGCAGGCGUUCGACCGCCGGCACCCCCUCGCCGCCCACCAUGCCCACAAGAGGCUUCUCCCUCCAGGCAAUGCACUGUCAAGCAGCCCGAGCGUAGGGGAAGAGCGCACAAGAUAUGGACCCCAGAUUGUUCUUGACAAGAACUUGAGUAAAAGCUGGAUUGAAAAUCAAAGAGCAUCAUGUACAGUGGAGUUAUCACAGACCUCUUAUUCAUCAUCGUCAUGUUCAUCGUUCUCCUCCCUUGAUGGCAACAGGUCAACACAACAGGACCUAUCAUCCACUGAUCGAAUGCUAUUUCCAGAUAAACCUUUGAAGUGCUCACCGAAGCUCAAGAGCUCUCCUGACAGUGACCAUGGACCAGAUUACUACCUGGAUGAUACACUUACCGAGUCCCACAACAUGUCCUCAGGUCAAUCCAGCCAUCCAACUGCUGGUAUAAGGAAUCUUGUAAAGGAUUCAAUUUAUAGAGAUACCCAUGUUUUGUCAGUCAGAACUUUCACCAAUGAACCAGUGAAAGAUCACAAAUACAACUGUGGAGAUCCAGGUACAUGCUUUGAUGAGCCGCCUACCAGUGGUAUCCAAGGAAAGAGCAAGGGAACCAUGGACAUAAAUGAGUCGCUCCGAGUGUUAGCCAAGCUCAGGGAGUCCACUCGGAAUCCAUCUGAUUCUGGCCUGCAACCAAGGUUGUCUUUUGAUGCUCCUCGAUUCUCGUAUGAUGGGAGGGAAUCGGCAUCAAAACUUAGGGAGAUGCCAAGAUUAUCGCUGGACAUCAAGGAAGGUCCUCUUACGGCUUGCGAAAUGGAGCCCUGUUCGAAGCCAGGCAUGAACACUGCAGAAAGGAACAGCAAUGCUGAUAAAGAAUUUAAUGCAGUCUUGGAGAACCAUCAAGAACAACCAGCCUGUAAACGUCUCCCGAGUGUCGUUGCAAAACUGAUGGGAUUGGAAGAGUUGCCUGAGCCUAGCAACAUGGUGAUGUCAUCACACGCAUCCAAAUCAGUUCAAGAGAGAAAGCAAGAACCUCUGCUGAUUCCCUUGAGCCUCUCCUCUCAUAAUGAGCCUACUCGCCGGCAACAAAGGAAUCUGGAUGCAACGAUCAGGAACGUUCCUAACUCUAAGUUCCCAGCUGAAACUGCACCGUGGAAACAGCAAGAAAGGAUUGUGCUACCUAGAAAAUUGCCAAAGGGGUCCAAGGGGGCUCAUGGAAAAGAGCAACCUGCUGCAUCUGUUUACAGUGAGAUAGAGAAACGUCUCAAGGACCUAGAUUUUCAGCAAUCGAACAAGGACCUGAGGGCAUUAAAGCAGAUCCUGGACUCAAUGCAAGCAAAAGGACUACUGCAGAGCAAGAAACGUGAGCAAGCUUCUAUGCUCAAUUUAUAUGAUGACAACUACGAUAGCCAAGAGGGUGCUGUUGCUAACCCGAGACUGAACACUAGCACAAAUCCCAAUCAGACGUCCAAAGGACCCCCAUCAUCAUCAGCGGAAGAAGAGAGCAUUGUGGAAAGAUUCUUUAAAUCACCUAUCGUGAUCAUGAAGCCUGCAAAAUCUGCAGACUUGCUGGGUGAUAGUGAUACUGAUUCUUCUGUUAUUCCAUUGGGGGGCUUGUCAGAUCUGCCACAGCUUCGGACAGUCAAUGGCACUGACAAAAAGAAAAGCACACAGAACAAUAGGGCAGCUAUUGAGCAACAUCCCAAAUCUAGUCCGAGGGUGCUCGUUUCUCAAUCCCUUGCUUCUUCUGAUAGGAAACCAAAUGGAAGGAAGGAAGUGAUUGGCAAGAAACAAAAGUCAAGCUCACAGUUGAUGACUGAAAGCUCAUCCAGAAGACAGCAGUUGCCAAGAGAACACAAUGAAAGCUUGCUAAAGCAUAAAAACUCCACAAGCCCCAAAUUACCACAGAAAAAGCUCGACGUCGAGCGGAGGGGUAGACCGCCUACUCCUUCUGUUGAGUCUAGCAAGAACCAGAGGCAAUCUGCAGAUCGUAGUCACUUGGAUACAGUAUCACCCAGAACCAAAGUUAGAAGAAAUCUCACUCAAGGUGAAGAUGGCCAUCAAAAUGGUACGAAGAAUAGGACAAGGAGCCUGAAGCGGCAUGGCGAUGAUGUGUCUACAAGGUCGGAUGGCAGUAUGAGUGUUGUAUCAGAGCUGGACAUAGAAGUCACAAGUGCUGACAGAUCUGCAGAAGCUAACGUUUCGAGCUUCCAGCCAGGCAAUCAAACUCCACCAGGAAGGAAUCCACAAAAAGUGAAAACAUCUUACGAUGUAAACAAGGAUGUGCCAUCUACAGAUCCUACAGCAACUAUCCCGGAGCGGCCAAGUCCAGUUUCUGUCUUGGACUCUUCUUUUGACCAGGAGAAUUUUUUCCAUACAAGCAAGACCUCAAAUUCACCUAAUGUCGAUGAUGAACGACACCCAUCAGAUGAGUCCCAGAAGCCAUCUGAUACAAAGCCAAUGAAGGUCACUGCUCAGCCCAAGAACAGUAAGCUCGCGAACGUAGCGAGCCUUCUUCAGAAGCUCCAGCAAUUGACCGCAAACAAGGAUGACGAUGACGCCCCUCCUGUUGAUCACAUUGCUUUCUUGUGCGAGACACAAAGUGUGGACCAUCGUUAUGUGUCCGAGAUCCUACUGGCCUCAGGCCUUCUGAUGAAAGACCUAGGUUCGGGCCUGUCACAAAUCCAGCUCCACGCUUCGGGGUACCCCAUCAACCCCGACUUGUUCCUCGUGUUGGAGCAACGAAAGUCAGGAUGGAUUUCCAAACCCGAGGGUGUCCAUCAGAGCAGAAGGUCCGAUGAUCCCCAGAGAGCUCACCGGAAGCUAAUGUUUGACUCUGUGAACGAGCUCCUCCUUGAGAAGUACGAGAAAGAAACCUCGUUCCGUUCAGCCAGCUCGCUCAUCGGAGCAAGGGAGCUGUCCAACGGUCAGCAGUUGGUGAAAACCAUUUGUUCGGAGAUCGAAUACCUGAAGACGGAGAGAUCACGGAUGUGCCAGGAAGACAGCAGCAGCAGCGUGAUACCGGACGCAGAGAUCCUGCACAGGCUGGAGGGGUGGACUCCGAGCUUUGGCCAGCAACAUCUCCCUGGGAUGGUGUUGGAGAUCGAGAGGUCGAUAUUCAAGGAGCUCGUCGACGAGGUGGUGCGUGGCGAGUCUGCUGACGGAGCGCAGGCAAAGGCUGGCAGGCGCGGCAGGAGGCGCCUCUUCGCUUGACACCCGCGUUGGGACAGUAAACUGUGUGAAGAUUUGGUUUUGUGUGAAGAGAGGAAGGAGGUACAUAUAGGCUGGUUGUGUGAGGAUUGAGUGAGCAGUGCAGAAACCUGAAGUAGGAAUGCAUAUUAUUCUACAUCUUAACUUAAGUCAGACAGUAUUUUCCCUCUGGAAUUUGUGCUAUGUAUGUAACUGUUGCUGAAUUCAAAUAAUUGAAUGGAUUUCAUAGUUUCAAACA